CAUAGACAUUGAGGUUUAACCUCAGUCACCAGCCCUCUCAGAUUUUCACACGCGCCUCAAACGCUUUCACUUCUAACAUCUGCAGGAGGUACUCAAUAAGAUUCAUACACUCUCAAAUCACACCCUUGGAUCCUAAAUUCUAGCACCCUUUAUCCUCUAAUGGGAUUUUGAUAAAUCAACAGUUUUUUUUUUGUCCCUGGAUUUGGAAAACAGCUAGUUUCCAUGGAAGGUUUGGUGAGUUCUGGGAUCAACACGGUUCGUGUUUUUGGCAUUACAAAACACCAAUCUCGUUUUCUUCCUUCAUCAACUCUGCAUCUGAGGAAUAACAGUGUGUGUGGAUUUGGAAUUGGGGUUGAGAAGAAGGAGAAGAAACAGUGUUUCGUUGUGGCUGCUUCUGUUGGUGGCUCCAAAGUGGUCCAUUUUGAGAACACACUCCCUUCCAAAGAGGUUCUUGAGCUUUGGAGAAAUGGUGAUGCUGUGUGCUUUGAUGUGGAUAGCACUGUGUGCUUGGAUGAAGGGAUUGAUGAGCUUGCUGAAUUCUGUGGGGCUGGAAAGGCAGUGGCUGAAUGGACUGCUAGAGCGAUGGGUGGUUCUGUUCCGUUUGAGGAAGCCUUGGCUGCUAGGCUGUCUUUGUUCAAUCCCUCUUUGUCCCAGCUUCAGGAUUUUCUUGAACAAAAGCCACCAAGGCUUUCCCCUGGCAUUGAAGAGUUAGUCCAGAAGUUAAAGGCUAAUGGCAUAGUUGUUUAUCUGAUCUCUGGUGGCUUCCGUCAAAUGAUCAAUCCUGUUGCAUCAAUACUUGGGAUUCCACAAGAGAAUAUUUUUGCCAAUCAACUGCUAUUUCGAAGCUCUGGAGAGUUUCUGGGGUUCGAUAAAAACGAGCCUACUUCAAGGAGUGGAGGAAAAGCUGUUGCAGUCCAACAAAUCAAGAAGGCUCAUGGUUUCAAAACUUUAACUAUGGUGGGGGAUGGUGCAACUGAUUUUGAGGCUCGUAGACCUGGUGGUGCUGACAUGUUCGUUUGCUACGCGGGUGUUCAACUUCGAGAGUCUGUUGCUGCAAAAGCUGAUUGGCUAGUUUUCAGUUUUAAAGACCUCAUAAAUUCGUUGGGGUUUGUUUGUCGUGUAUUGGGUGGUUCGUUGUUGGCAUUGAGGACCUGCAUCUUCGUUUUGUUGUUCCACCGUCGAGGCAGAUAGGUAGACUCAUGGGAAGAGAGGAUCAUCGUCAUUCAAACGAUGUUCUCCAGCGACGAAGGUCUACACCAUCCGCACGUAAGCAACGGGAAGCUGCCCCUGCUGCUGAGGAUGCUCCUGACGUGGCUGACGUGACUGAAGAUGUAUUCCAACAUGCUGAAGAAGCUGUUGAUGAUACUGAGGGGUUUCCAGGUGGGCCGCGUGACCCAUCAAUGUUGGCUGCCUAUGGCGACUAUGUUGCAGUCAUUGUAUGAAAUGGAGAGGAACGUCCUAAAUUGAAGCUAUCCUCCCAUGGAAGGAUGGUUCAAAAAUUUGGGAGGCCUGCUCUUAAAAUUGAAGGGCUAGUGGCUGCCACAUGAUUAAGUCCUUUGAUCGCAUGUUCAGUGAACACUGCAAUCAGGGACUUAUAUAUGCUUUUGUGGAGAGAUGACAUAAGGAAACGAGCAGUUUUCAUCUUCCUGUUGGAGAGGUGACCAUCACCCUGGAUGAUGUGGUCUCUAUGCUUCAUCUUCCAAUUAUAGGCGCAUCCCACAGCUUCGAGACUCUGCAUGUCGACGAAGCGGUCUUGAUGUUGGUGGAGUUACUUGAAGUCUCUGGAGAGGAUGCUAGAGCUGAGACAAUAUAAUGUCACGGGGCAUACGUAAGCUUAUUGUGGCUAUGAGAUAUUUAUCGGAGUAAAUGUGAGACCACCAAAAAUCCGUUUUCUUGAGCAACUGAUCGAGCCCACUACAAAACAUCAUCUUGGAUAACAAACACCUACAAUGCAACCCACACAAUUUUAGUCUUCAAAGGGACAUUCAUUUUAUCAAUUUAAUAACAAUAAUGAAGAUUAUUUAUUACCCGAGAA